UUUUAACAUUCAGAAAUCAAGCUCAUGUUUUGGGAAAAUAAGUUAAUUGAUGUUUUUAAUCAAUAAUUUACUUCAGGUUGUUUGUGUAAUGUGAUGCUUGUAGAAAAUCUCAUUGCAAAAAUGGUGUCUUUGCUUCUGUUGUGGAUUUUUAACAUUGUUUAAUAAAGCAAGCUCAUGUUAGGAUAUGUUGAUUCAUGUUUCUACUCUGAUUAUACCGAACGCAAGAACUUAGACAAGCUGUUUAGGGUUAUGGGUAGCUGCUUUAGGUUUGAUGUUAAGUUUCUUGACAACUUAUCAUCACAUUGUUAGUUUAAUGCUCCACCAUUGAUUGUGUGGUCCGGGUGCUGCAAAAAAGUGGCAUUGCUUGAUAUGUAGACUUCAUGUAAUAGGCAAUUAAUCCAAAUCAGUUGCAUAUGAUGAUGAAUUUGAUCUGUUUGAGCCUUGAGGUGACGUGCCUAUUAUAAUAUGUGGGGCUGAAAAACCGGCAAUGCUUUUAUGCUUGGAGAUGUAUAGAUUUGAAUGGAAGAGGCUGUUGAUCCAACCAGUUGGAUGAAGUGAUUUGCUGAAGUUGUUAGUUUUGAGACUAGGGGCCUAUUAUGUUCACUGGGUGCUGAAAACCAGCAUUUUUUUUGCAAUGUAUAAACUUCUCGUAUCGUAUGAGGUAAUCAGCAGUUCAUCUGGUCUGGGUUCUUGUUUCUUUAAGUGGUUCUACCAUCAGAUGAUUACAUUCUUGAUUACUCUUUGUAUAUGUUUUGUAUGCUAAUUGUGCAACAUGUGGUUUCAAUAACUGAACUUGUGUGUCCUUGGGUGAAAUCUGAUUCGAUAGUAAUGGGGGAAGUCUCUUGCUACUUGCAGUUCUGGGAAAGGUGAAAGACUUCUUAGGAGUUUUAUCAGAAUCGAACAAGAAACUGAUGGAGGAUGCAAAGGAGCGCCCCGAUAACUAUGACAUUGAAGUGAUCAGCGGAGACGAGUCUAAAUACAUCGAGAUGGAUCUGAUGUUGGGUAUUGCUGAUCUUCACACCCCGGAGGCAGUUGCUGCAGCCGAGUCUGCAAUGGCCGGUUAUCAGCCACCAGCUCGUCUGGAGGAGAGCAGCAGUGGAUCAGAAGACGAAGAUAGCAGUGAUGACGAAGAAGACAGGAAUCACAAAUCAGAUUCUGAAGCCGGCUCAGAAUCUGCGAAGCUCAGGUUGAAGGCAGGAGAUUCUUCAUGUCGAGGAUCGAAGAAACGGAAGACCAAAAUCAUCGAGCUUUAGGUUUCACAUUGGCGAAAUUUGCACAAAAGUCUCAAGAAUUGACAUUGUUUCAGCUGAGUUUUUGGUGAUGUUGAGUUUUAAGCAUUUAGUUUGAUCAUUUAUGCUUUUGUUUUUAGUCAUAAUGUUUCUUACUACUACGGUGUUGUAGCUAAGUAGAUAACAUCUAUGUUGAAGUUAUAUGACAUAAACUAAAUUUUGUAUUCUUA